GGGGCCGCGCGGCUCGUUGCUAGGCUACGCACCACUUCCUUUCACUUUCCCCGGUGUCUUCCUGUUUAACUACAUUCCCCAGAUCCUACAUGUGUUCUCAGGUGAAAUCCCUUUAUAUGGCGGAUCAUGACAUUGUGCGGAGCAUCAAAUGCUGGAUUAAAGGAAUCCAAACAAGUCAUUGAUAAGAAGCUAUUCAGGCAGUGUUAAGGGUUAACUCCGUGGCCCCUACAACCUGUCCAGCCACCAUGAUGGAUAUUUAUAGAGAGAAAGUCACACCCCUGGUCAUAAUGUCUCAGAAGAAAGUCUCUAAGAAGAAGAAUUCCAAGGAGAAGAGGGUGGCGCCCUCUGUGGCAGCCAGCAGCUAUUACACGGACUCCCUGGGGUUCAUGGCCAUGGAUAGCAACGUCCCGGGCCUGUCCAGUGUCAUCCUCCAAAGGCUGAACAUGAAGAGCUUCGAGGAGUACAGGUCAGCCGUGGAGGGUCACAGUCUGAACACAAACUUUGGCAUCAGGACGUACUCCGAGAUGUUUCAGAAGAUGGAAGAUACCUACAAGUUCUGUGCACAGUGCAAGAAGCUCCCGUCUAGACUGUCCGACCCCCGGGCCAUGAGACGCUGUAAGAGGUGUCAGAACAUUUACUAUUGUUCCUCAGAGUGUCAGAGGGAGAACUGGCCGCUCCACAAGAAGUUCUGCAGGAAGCUGAAGCUGGCCGCCAUUGACAGGCUUGUAGAAUGGCUGAUAUUUACAGGUGACGUCCCAUUUCCUACUUCUCCUUGGACUAAGUCCAUUGCAGAUAUGAAGGUGUGGGAGGACUGGUUUGCUAUGCAGGAAAAUUUGGAAGAAAAGCUGGAUGCCAUCAUGGCCAGGCGCUAUAUGGGAAUCCUCUGGUCCAACGCUGGAAAACCAAAACCAGAGAACCCUGAACUCCGGGAGUCUGUGAAACGUCUGACCACGGAGUUCUUCACCAGGCCAAUGACCAUCGGAUUUGCUAUCAAUACCUUCCGGGUUGACCCUUACAAUGCACCGGUCACCGUCCAUGUGGUUGGGGCAUCUCACAUAGAAACCUUAAAUAUCAGGGCCACAGACUACGAUGAACUCGCCAAGAUGUUUCCUAAAAACCAGGGUCUGGAGGUCGUCAUGAUCGGACCUGAAGUAGUGGACGGUCCAGUGAUUCGGCCUCCGCUGACAUCAUAUGGACCACGUGGUAAAGUCUACGUGAGCGGUCACAAGAGCCUCUACCAUGUCUUCUGGGAAUCACUGGUGGAGAACCAGAAGGCGGCCAGACCCGAUCUAGUGGUGGGAUUCCAUCCAGGGUUUCACGCCUCGCAGGGUCUCACUGAGGGCUGGCUUCCAUCUCUGCUGCUCCUGCGUGACUACAACAUCCCUGCACUGUUCACUAUGUACAGUGAGCAGGAGCUGAAGUAUUCCCUGCAGAUCCUGGGAGAGCUGGAUGUCCGGAUCCUGGGCUCCGGGCCCUUUCCAUUUUGUUCCCAGAAGCCGGAGCAGGUCCAGUCGGACCCCAACAAGCCCCCUGAACUGCAAUGGAGAUUUGGCUUCAGGAUAAACCGUCUCAACGGCGCUGAUCGACCAGACAGAUUAGAUCUUCUCAGACCAGAUCUCAGGAACGGAAACCACUACAACGAAUGAACAGAUGGAACUGAUCGAAGAACCCGUAGGGAGCGGCUCCGGCACAAAGUCAUCUGACGGCCAAUUACCCGUCUCCUUAACCCGAUCACCGAGAAUACAAAAGACCGAGUAUACCAAAGAUCCUGACCUACAUUACAGAGGACGCUGACACGGUUUACUGGGUUUAUAUGUAAUGGAGCUAAAAUGUUACAGUGUAAAAUCUCCUCCAAAAAUACUCCAAAUAAAUCCCAAACCCUGGAGGAACAAAGAUACGGGAGAUAGAAAUCUAUAAGAUCCGUGAUCAGAAACUGAUAAUAAACAACAAAGCUAAUAAAGUAAUCUACCAGGGUGAGGAGUGAGUUAAAAAAAACUAUAAUACUGCC